UCCCUUACCUCUUAGAGUUAAGCAGUAAAGCAACUCGACGCCCAAGAGGAGCGAGAGAAGAGUCACCAGUCACAGGACCUUUUCAUAUUCUUUGUAACUCUUUUUUUUGGUUAAUAUACGGGUGGGAUUCUGUUAGUGCACGGAAAUUUUUAAAUAUACGGAAAUAAACGGGGACACGCCACUGGAAAUUGACACACCCUCUCCGUUCACUAACUGUCAUGGCGUCCAGUCUUUAGGUUGAAAGGAAAGGGGGAGAGAAUGCCUUUUCAGACCAUCUUUAUUAAGAAGAGGAUUUUUGGGAUUUUACUAGUAUUUAUUGUAGCCCUUCUUUUCUUUUAUACCCAGCUAGGCCCAGCAAAAAUUUCACCAGGAGUUUUGGCUCACAAAGUUUUGAGAGAGUUCACGUGGCUUUCGCUUGACAACAGCUCGACUUUGGAUCACUGCCGGAACUCUGUUCAAGGCCCAAGACUCAUUGCCGAUGAAUUAGGAUACGUGUGUCCAAUAGUAAUGGUUAAUCCAACAGGUUGUUGCAAUAUUGAUCACUCCAUUAGAUUUGACUGUAGCUCUUGUGCUCCUUCAAUGUGCUGUGCUGUAUAUGAACAUUGUGUCUCAUGUUGUCUCAGCUCUGACAAAAAGCCUGUAUUACAAGAUAUUCUCACCAAUUCAAUUCAUCCAGUUUACUCGUCUGUCAAAGACCAGUUCGAGCUGUGCCUUGCUAAAUGCAGGACAUCAUCACAAAGUGUACAUCACGAAAACUCUUAUCGUAACCCUGACACCAAAUACUGCUAUGGCCCUCCUCAUGAUAAACAGUAAAGAAACUAUACAGGAUACUUAUCAAUUCUUCAUUUGUAAUUUUAUAUUUAUUUUAUCAUCAUCUUUUGAUGUAAUUGAAGUUAUGCUGAGUA